AUGAAAUACCUUGCAAUUAUCUUCUGUUUGGGGUCUGCUGUUAUUGCCACUGCUUUUUCCAGCGAGAGUCUCGCAAGAAAUGCGGAGAGCAGAGAAGUUUGUGGUGGCAAAGAGGAAAUCGUGUUGACUGAAGUAGCUGAUCAUGGGUUCAUAUCCAGUCCAGGGUAUCCAAAUAAUUACCCCAAUUCUGUGCCACCUGGAGACUGUGGAUAUGACCUAGUUGUCAGAGGCACUGAAAUUGACUCUGUUAGGCUAGGUUUUCUACAACUAAGAACCAUUACAGGAGACUAUGUUCAAGUUGAACUCCGUGACAACGAACCCGCCCAAGAAUGGUUCGACCAGUACACGGGAACGUUUGACCUGUUCUUGCCAGAACUUACUGCAGCAAACGAUGCCACGGUUUUUCUGCAAAGUGACGAGGCUGGAGGAGACAGAGGUUACUUGGCUGCUUAUGCAGCUGAAUUGCCUUACGAUUUUUUACAUGGAGAAAUUGAGGUGGAUAACAAAAGCGGUCCUGGAAUUUAUGAAACGAGUUUCACUGAAGUGAUCAACAUCAACACGGAAACUGGAGAAAUCACGACCUCUGGCGACGUGAACGAGUUACACGCCAAGGUUCAACCGGGUGCCUCAAAAACCUAUGGUUUCAUUUCAUCGCCGAAUCAUCCAGGAUUUUACCCAAACAAUGAAAACAUUGUGUUCAAUUUGUCGGGUCCAGCUGGAUCCAAAUUCGCACUGAGAGUUCUUCGUGCUAAGUUUGAGCCCAAUUACGACUAUGUCAUCGUUUCCGAAAACGGAAGCACGCUUCUGACUCUUACGGGCUUGCGGUCAAAAAUACUCUACAGCGACACUAACGAAGUCGCUGUAAACUUCCGCAGUGAUUUCAGCAAUUCCCACAGUGGUUUCUUGAUUGCGUAUGCGACAGUUCAGACAUGAGCGAAUCACUCUGCGAUUUCCCAAUUUUUCUUCAAUUUUUUUCUUCUUUCGAAUGUGAUGCUUUGUUGAUUUAUGAUAAAAACAUAAUAAAAAAGAUAUUUCACUACC